GAAGGCUGUCGUACUGUCCCCCUUUCUGGACACGUAGGAUUUGACAGUUUGCCUGACCAGCUGGUUAAUAAGUCAGUUAAUCAUGGUUUCUGUUUCAACAUCCUGUGUGUGGGGGAAACUGGCCUUGGUAAGUCUACCCUCAUGGACACACUUUUUAAUACCAAGUUUGAAGGUGACCCGGCAUCUCACUCCCAGCCUGGGGUGCAGCUGAAAUCUAACACCUACGACCUGCAGGAGAGCAAUGUCAACCUCAAGCUGACCAUUGUGAGCACGGUGGGCUUCGGGGAUCAGAUCAACAAAGAGGACAGCUAUAAGCCCAUUGUCGAGUUCAUUGAUGCUCAGUUUGAAGCCUAUUUGCAAGAAGAACUGAAGAUAAAGAGGGUCUUGCACAACUACCACGACACCCGGAUCCACGCCUGUUUGUACUUCAUUGCUCCGACAGGCCACUCGCUGAAAUCCCUGGACUUGGUAACAAUGAAGAAGCUUGACAGCAAGGUCAACAUCAUUCCUAUCAUUGCCAAAUCUGAUGCCAUUUCCAAGAGUGAGCUGACUAAAUUUAAAAUUAAAAUCACGAGUGAACUGGUCAGUAAYGGGGUUCAGAUCUACCAGUUCCCAACAGACGAUGAAUCGGUGGCAGAGAUAAAUGGGACGAUGAAUGCCCACUUGCCGUUUGCAGUGAUCGGCAGCACGGAGGAGCUGAAAAUAGGAAACAAAAUGAUGAAAGCUCGUCAGUACCCCUGGGGCACAGUGCAGGUGGAGAAUGAGACUCACUGUGACUUUGUGAAACUGCGGGAGAUGCUGAUCCGUGUGAACAUGGAAGACCUUCGUGAACAGACCCACACACGCCACUAUGAGCUGUACAGGCGAUGUAAACUGGAAGAGAUGGGUUUUAAGGACACUGAUCCAGACAGCAAACCCUUCAGCUUACAGGAAACUUAUGAGGCCAAAAGAAAUGAAUUUCUGGGGGAACUGCAGAAAAAGGAAGAGGCCAUGAGGCAAAUGUUUGUCCAGAGGGUCAAGGAAAAAGAAGCUGAGCUGAAGGAGGCUGAAAAAGAGCUGCACGAAAAGUUUGAUCGUCUGAAGAAGUUGCAUCAGGAUGAAAAAAAGAAGUUAGAGGACAAGAAGAAGUCUCUGGAUGAUGAAUUAAAUGCAUUUAAACAAAGGAAGACAGCAGCUGAAUUGCUCCAAUCUCAGGCUCAGCAGGCUGGAGGAUCGCAAACCCUCAAAAGAGAUAAGGAGAGAAAAAAUUCGGGUUUCCUGUAGAACCCUUCCCUUCACACCAGAGGCGAAUGCCCCCACACUCGGUUAACACGCAGCUAUGGCACUGUGCCUGUUUGCUCACCUUUCCUCAUUGCUCCCUUACUCUGCUCACCAUUUUUUUAAGCRAGCGCCUGCACCGCUGGCCGUCCUCGGUUGCUAGUUUUUGUGAAGAACUUGGCAAUAACCUGYGUGGAACUGGCAGCAGCCGCUGGUUGCUGAUCUGUCUUCUCUCUUGGUCCAUAGCAGGGUGCCAAGUGCUUGUAAUACUAGUGUCCCCGCUGCUAAAUGGUCGUGAUUUUUUUUGUGCCUUCCCACUCAUGGGUGUGAAAGGUGCAUGGAAAGAGAGAGCAGCCGCUCGAUGCCGCCCCACGGCGUGUCGUGCCAGGGUGAAGGCCACGGGCUCCGUCCUCUCUUGCACUUCGAUCCAUCUAAACCCCGCUCCUGGGGGGAUUUUGGAUCCAUGGUUUGCAGCUCAGCACCUGCUGCGGUCCCGAGGGCCUCUUGCCCUGUCCCACUGCCGUGGUGCUGACCUCGAUGCAUGUCUUGGAUCCAAUCUCAGGGAAAACUGCUCACCCUGCUCUAAGUACCAGUGUUUGGGAAGAAAGAUGAUGAUGUUCCUUUAGCUUUCUUCUCAAUAAUUCCAAAAACUUAAUGCAAAAAGUAUUACCCACUUUUUUUUUUAAUAAUUUUUUAUUAUUGUUACUUGGCAUCUGUUUAGGAAUGUACAGAUCUUUAUCGGUUGCGUUUUAUUUUUUUUACAUUCAUCAAAAGCCUUUUCUUAGUGCAAGAUUUGCACUAUAAGGGUGGGUGUUCUGCUCUGUGUUUCAGUGGGGCCAGGAAUUUGCUCA